AUGAAUGUCGACGAUAUAUAUGCUGAUAUUAUAAUUGAAAGUGAAAAUGAUCAAGAAAAUGAUAUGAAACAAUCUGAUGAAAAUUCACAAUCACCAACAUUAAAAGAAGAUCAUCAUAAUAAAAUUAAAGAGUUUGAAGAAAUUAUAGAAAAUAAUCUCAAAGAGAUUUCAAACCUCAAAAAAGAAAUUGAAUCAAAAGAUAAUGAAAUUGAAACUCUAUCUAAACAAACAUCAUUAUUAGAAAUACAAAGAAAAGAAAAGGAAAUAAAUAGUUUAAGAGAUGAAUUAUCAAAUAGUAAUAAAAAAGUUCAAUCGUCUAACCCUGCAAAUAACCGUCAACACAUAAAUUAUGAAAUGCCUAAAAAAUAA